AUGCAGCGCACCAUCAUUCGCGCCUGUCAGUCGGCCGUCCGAUCGGCGGACAUCGGCAGGACAGGCGCUUUCGGGGGCUCACUCCACCUUACCCCUCUCCCGUCAGCCGGUCCGUCCCGCCUGUUCUCGUCAACGCCUAUAUCACUCAAGAAAGCCAAACUUGCGCCUGCCAAGCCAUCAAAGGGCAAGGUCCGCGCGGAGGAUGAUCCGAGCGAGACGGACGUCGACACUGAGGGAGUUUUGGCCAAAACGAGGGAAAAGAUGGAAAAGGCGGUCAGCUGGGCAAAAGGGUUGGUCUACGAUGGAGUAGAAAGAGGGAGGGGCAAGGUUUCACCAGCACUUCUGGAUUCGGUCCGCGUUCAAUUACCGGACGAGCCCUCGGCUCAAACGCUGAAUUCGAUAGCGUCCGUCACGGUCAAGCAGAAUACUCUGUUUGUGGAGGUGUGGGACCCGGACGCGAUGAAGCAUGUCGAGUCGGCGCUGCAUAAGGCGAACAUGCCGGGGAUGUCGCCCCAGCGGGUGGAUCAGAGCACGAUCAAGAUACCCUUGUCCAGACCAACGGUGGAACAGCGGACCCAAAUCCUGCGCAAUCUCAACGCUACAAUAGAAGGCUCGAAACAGCAGGUCCGGACGGCCCGAUCGGACGGUAUCAAGCUGGUAGGAGGGAAGGGUGCGCAGGGAGCAGACGAUGUGCAAGAGCUGGCGAAUGAGUAUGGGAAGGAGCUUGACGAUCUGUUAGCACAGGCGAAGAAGGAAUUCGAGAAGUGA